GGGUACUAUGGCCGCUACAAAGAUUUGGAGCGGCGUAUCAAAGAAGCCGUCCCUGAUGCUGACGUCUCAGGCAGCACAGGAGGAAGAGGCGACUUCGAAGUCAAGGUCAAUGACACCCUCAUCUUCUCCAAACAAGUAAAGGGUGGAUUCCCAGUGUUUGAAGAGGUUGUUGAAAUAGUUCUAGAUGUGGCCAAAGGGCAAUCUCCACGUCCUGUCGAGAACUCGCAGAAGAGCUCUUGUGUGAUUGUGUAAGGAGACUGGGCUACUGCUUGGUAUUGGGCUGCUGCUGCUGGCUUUGCAGAUGAUCCGGUUAGUGUUCCACUGGACCACACUCUGGGUUAGACCGACUCUAUGACGCUAGCGAUGUAACCUUGCUUUUUCGGCCGGAUGUCGUUAGUUGAAACCCCUUGUCGAUUCUACUUCGGAUUGUUCCUUUUGGAUGCUAACCUCGGCAACUCAUACCAGUUGCACAGGACAAUGCUUGCUUUUUUGUGUACAAUGUAAUAGUAAUUUAGAAUGUUUUAUGCUUUUUUUAAUGUACUUCAUAGUAUACUUUUUAGUUAAGUCAAAACGAGACCUUUACAUGUAGGUUAGUUUCAUUUGCUCAAUGCAGUUGUGCGUACUGUGAUCCUGCAGCUUGACAGACGUUUCCUGCA